AUUGUAGUGAUUGUGCUUUUUCUCACGAGUCACCUCACAACCCCAACAAGUUCACGAAUCUCGCGAUUUCUCCAGAUUUUAAAUCUCCCACGAUACCAAAAAAAUAGUUAUAUAUCCAUUACCAAACGCUCUUCUCUAUCCAUCCAGCUGUCUUUUUCUCUAUAGAAUUCAUUCCCCCUUUGCCCACAAACUUUUUUUUUUGUUUGAAUUUCCUUACCUAAGUGUUGACGUCCGUCGUUGUCGUUGUCGAUCUCGAAGCGUAAAUUUUUAACAUGGGCUCAGUCGUUGGAUCACUUUCAAAGAAGUCUGUAGACAUGGCAAGCCCCACAGCACAAUUCGUUCGUAAUCAAAUCCAAUCCAACAGAGUUGUGAUUUUCUCCAAGACUUAUUGUCCAUACUGCACCAUGGCCAAAGAGCAAUUCAAGAAACUAAACGUUCCAAUGCACGUGAUAGAAUUAGAAUCUCGAAAUGAUUGUGAUGAAAUUCAAGACGUCCUUGGUGAGAUAACUGGAGCACGAAGUGUCCCUCGUUGUUUUGUUGAUGGUAAAUUCAUUGGCGGAGGUACUGACGUCAAGGCGAUGUACGAAAAUGGAAAAUUGGAAGAACUUAUAGCAUAGAACUUGUUUGUGAAUAGUUAAAUUCUUAACUUUUUGUACAUUUUCUUAAUUUAUCAAUUAGUACACUCAUUGUGAAAAGUUUUAUGUUAGGUAAAUGUUAAGAGUAAAUAAUAAAAGAAAUGUGUUACUUGGAAUUUA